GAUGAAAGUGCGUGGGCCUGGUGUGUAGGUUGUGUGGGAGGAAACAGCACAGAACAGCAAGAAGAAUAUCUGCUGAUAAGCAGCUUCCUGAGCACUCAGGAAAAUGCAGCGAACAUUUUAGGCAGAGAGCUUCAGCAGAGAAUACGAGCGAGCACAAGCACAAACCCCUCCACUGAAUUUUGCUGGCUUUUUACUAUAGAUAAGUUACCACUAAAGGGAAUCUUUUCACCGAAUAAAGCCAGUACAUAGCGGAGCUGGUGAGGAACCUCAGUCCCCUGCCUGCCUCAAUGUGAGGUGUAUCCAAUGUCCAAAGCAUGGUACAGUCUGGGUUAGUUUUCUCUCUGAUACAUACAAUGAGCUGCCAGAACCGUCCUGUGAAAGAUAACAUGGAUUCCUCAUCAGGUUUCUCCUCAUCGUUCAAAUCAAAGCAAAGCCGCCUUCAGGAAAGGAGAGGCUCCAAUGUAUCCCUGACUCUGGAUGUGAGCUCCUUGGGAAACGUAGAACCCAUCAAAUCAGUUUCUACACCCCGAGAAUUGACUUUACAAUAUCUAAAAACCACCAGCUCUGUUCUGUCCAGAGAACAGUUAAAGGAAAUCACAAACAACACGCAGAAGCUGGAAGCUGAAUUCUCGAAAAUUCCACCAAACUUUAUUGAGACCAAUGAACUGAAUAUCCCAGGGCACGCUUCUAAGAACAGAUACAAAACUAUUUUACCAAACCCACAGACUCGUGUCUGCCUCAAGUCGGAAAAGCAUAGCGAUGACCUGAGCUCCUAUAUUAAUGCUAACUAUAUUCGGGGCUAUGGAGGGGAGGAGAAGGCAUACAUUGCUACCCAGGGACCCAUGGUGAACACAGUCAAUGACUUCUGGGAGAUGGUUUGGCAAGAGGAUUGUCCAAUGAUUGUGAUGAUAACAAAAUUAAAGGAGAAGAAUGAGAAAUGUGUGGUUUACUGGCCGGAAAAGCAAAGCUCUUUCGGCAGGUUUGAAGUUGUUGUGAAUGAAGUCAAAGAAUGUGAUGGAUUGGCCAUUCGGGAUCUUAGUGUUAAGCAUGCAGAAGAGUCUCGAAGUGUCAAGCACUACUGGUUCUCUUCAUGGCCAGACCACCAGACUCCAGACACUGCACAAUCUCUCCUGGACCUUGUGUUGGAGGUGGAAGAAAGCAGGAAGACUGCAGGAAACAGGGGACCUGUCGUCGUGCACUGCAGUGCAGGGAUUGGGAGGACGGGCUGCUUUGUCGCUACCAGUAUUGGGUGCCAGCAGAUCAAAGACACUGAUAAAGUGGACAUCCUGGGGAUCGUCUGUCAGAUGCGAACAGACAGGGGUGGGAUGAUCCAGACAAGUGAACAAUAUGAAUUUUUGCACAGCACGUUAUGUCUCUACGAAAGCAAUUUGUCAAGGAUGCCAAAUUCGUCCCCAGCUUCCGGAGUGAAUAGCGCCUAGCUCCAAGGUGCUUUCUGUGCUUUCUGAGCAUUUAAAUAACAUUACGAGAAGAUGACUGAAACGAACAUAGAGUUUCGGUGGGGGUGGGAGGGAAUUAUCGUCAAUGAGUCAAAUAUUUAAAAAAUUGUACCAUUUUACUAUUCACAGAGUUUCAUCCUGGUACAUUUCAAAGGGCUGGGUGCAAGCCUUGGGCACACACCUCGACCCUCAGCAUCAGACUCGGUAACUCUUGGACACGGAUUUGGACGAUUCAUCUAGUUGCUCCCUGAUUUCUCAAUCAGACUCUGCUCCGCGUGAAAAAUAAAUGACAUCCCCCUUCCACUUUGCCCGGUGCGUCGCUACCUCGGGUGAAGGGUGCUAUACAAGUGCAAGUUGCUGUUGCUGUUGUUGAUUUCAGUUCAAUUUGUUGUCUUCUGCCUGAUUUCAGUCGAAAGCCCUUGGCUGCACUUGACCAUCAGAUUACAAUCUCUUUUACUAAGCUUCCAAUUUCUGCCAUACAGAAUUUUGAGCCUCGCUAGCUCUAUUCGGGGCCUGAUAAGUUAUUUUUCGGCAUUUAAGCCUUUGAGCAAAAAUACUAAAAUGCAGGCCCCUCUAUUUAAUUUUUUUCUCCGUAUUUAGAUUCAUAAAAUAAAACCCAGGACAUACACUUCCCCCCAAAAUUGGAUUUGAUUGUUUUAAACAGCAAUUUUCUCACGCCAUUGGGAGAACAAACCCACUGUCCUUCUUUGAGUUCAGCAGUAGAACUGACACCUUCUUCUUACUUUGCCUUGAGUGCAACAUUCAUCACAAAGUGCCCAAGUAAAGUGCCUCAACCCUGAAAGAACGUCCUUGCUACUUGGUUAGUCCGUGCACCUCAAGCAACACCCAGAACCUUUAACAGAUAAUUCUCUCGUCUUUGAAAUUGUAAAUCUAAUUCGGGCUUCAAGUAUUUUUGUUUUAAAUUACAAUUCUAUUAAUUGACAGCAUGUUAAGAGCACCAUUUGUAGUACCUUUAUAGCCAUCCCUCCUGCCAUAUAAUUUUAAAUAAUGCUCCGUGUAUUGGGGGAAAUUGAAAAAAAUAUUUUGCUGUCCAUUUGCCUCCUGUAUCAUUUCAAGUGCAUUUCCAAAUGGGGAGACUCAGAAAGCCUAUUGAGAGACUCGGACCGACCACAAACUAGAUCAAUUGGAUUCCUCUCAUCUCCUGAGAAGGUUUUACUCAUUUUUCCCUCUCCUGAUGGGUAACCUGUUCAACAGACACUACAUGCACUCUGGUAGCCACAGCCAUUCAUGAAUGUGCCUUGACCGGAUUUAUUUUUUGGUUGCUCGAGUGUCUGAGACGUGCAGAAAUCCAUCACUGUGCUUAAGAGUAUCCAAGCCAGACUGAGAGUUAUACAUAUUUAUAGCACUUGCACAUCAAAAUUUCCCCAUGUCUGGAACAGAAAUAUUCACUCUUUCCCUGGGGUAUGCAUCUUGGUUACCUUAUUUUGGAGAGUGUUAGGUGGAGGUUGUUGAGAGCAUGAUGACCCAAACCCAGGUAACUCAAGCCAAUUGCACUGUCCUUCCUGAUGCACUUUUUCAUGUAUGGCACAAUCGUUGCAAUAUUGGUGAUUCAGCCUUAAUUCUGAAGCCACUUUUCUGUACAAAACCAGUUUCAAAAUCACGGCUGGAUUUUAAAAAAAUUUCAAAAUUUGCGCACUGCGAAAUAAUAAGUCAAAAGUCUAAUUCUAUAACCCCAGAAUUUCUGCCCCUACAAAGGGAAACCACAGGUGAUUUAGGUAGUUGGAGUUAGCACAGUUAGCAUUGCCAUGUAGAACAAGAGCAUUUGCCAGUAAGAAAUUGGAGUUGCAGAACAGUAUCGAUUACUUCCAGGAGUUUCAUAAUAAUGCAUUUCCUAUCUUGGUUAGCGAGAAUCUAACAGAUUUUCAAUUCAACGUGUUUUUCAUGAGCAACAAAAGAGCUGUAUCAAUGAUGGAGAAUAAAUAGAAAACUUUUGUAAAGUAAUGUAUGACAACGAUCUUAGAGUGGAGACCAAUUUAUUUUUAUAAUGUAUUUUGCUUAUUGCAAAAACAAAUCGCAAAUUAAAAAUGAAUGUUUUUCAACUUUCCAAUAACAACAAAAUGUAUAUUUUUAUAUACUUCAGCAUUUUACCUAAUGAAGAUAGGUAACUGUGUAUAUAAACAGAAUUGNUUUUUUUUGAGGGGAAAUAAAACUAAAAGUGUGUUGAUUGCA